GUCGGCGUAAACGCAUCCCAGCAAAAAAAACCACUGGGGAAGCAAACGAGGUGUCGAAGAACACACAACUCUCUGAAGAAUAUGGUUCAAUUUUGAUUCUCCACGUACUGGGUUUUAGCGUUUUCCGUGGAUUAAGUCAUGGGUGAUCGGGGAAGGAGGAGAUCGAGCGGUGGCUCUGGUAAAAGCAGGACUACAAAUCAGGGGAGGAGCUCGAGAUCGAACGCUAAAUCGGCUUCUUCAUCGUCGAAUCGUCGUCGCCGGAGUUCUUUGUUCGUCGAGGGAGGUAUCCUCUCCGAUUUCCGGCGAGAUUCGACUCCGUUUUCGCCUUCUCGAGGAGGAAACUCUCAGAGAAAGGGCUCGAAACAUGGAACUUCGGAUCGUGCAAAAGCUUCUGCUUCAACAACAACUGGUCCUAGAAAUUGCAAUAGCAAUGCUUUUGGGUAUCAGUAUCCUUCCAUGGAUGUUCAGGGAUUGGAGGGAGAAUCGGGCAAUGCAGGCAAUUAUAGCUGUGAUAAGUUGGAUGAAUCAAAUCCCAUGGUUUUGGUUGAGUCGAAGGAGAACAAAAUUGUCGCGUACCUGGACCGAGGACCGUCAUCAUCAUCGAAAGAUAUUGAUGUAAACUAUGCUUAUGAGUACAACACACCGGGUUUUGUAUUGGGUGAUGGCUCUCACAGAGGAUUGGGAUUUUGUGAUGAGUCUGAUGCUGGACAGAGUGGCACUGUUUCCACCUCAAAGCCGUCAGGAGACCAAGCAGGUUCAAGUUUUGCUUCUUUGCCCACGGAAGAGGUCGAUGCUGAGGAGGAAUCUGAUGAUGAGGUUAACCUUAGCGAAGAUGAGGUGACACCUAAUGUAGUCAAACCAUCCAGGAGGAAUUCGGGUUUCAUCUCCAUCGGAGGGAUGAAAUUGUACACUGAAGAUAUAUCUGAUGAAGAGAGUGAUGGAGAAGAAGGGAUACUCGAUGGUGAUGAUGUGGCAUCCGGAGAUGAAGAAAGCACUGAAUCUUCGGAUCAGGGUGGACAGUCUGAAUCAUCGGCCACCGACAGCUCAAAGGACAUGUUUGGUAGUGAUUCAGACAUUGUUGAAGAUGUAGCAGAAGAUUACUUGGAAGGAAUUGGGGGCAGUGAGAAAGUUUUGGAUGCCCGUUGGUUGGCUGAACAAUCUUUGGAUCAGUUAGAUUUGUCAGAUGAUGAAAGUUCUUCAGAAGGUUCUUCUGAUGAGAGUACAGAGAAAUUGAGCGAUAUUGCCCUACAAAAUGCAUCGAGGGAAUAUGGUAUGAAGGAAUCGGCAAGAAGCCACUCCUCCAGGCACGGUAGGGAUUCUCGUGCAUUGCCUUUUGAUGACCUUAUGUUUGUAAAGGAUCCGAGAAGUCUCUCUGGUAAGAAGACGAAGAAGAUUCAUUCAGCUACGUUUCCUCAAUCUUGGCCUUCAUAUGCCCAAAAGAGCAAGAAUUCCCGUAGAUUUCCUGGUGAGAAAAAGAAGCAUCGCAAAGAAAUGAUUGCUGUGAAGCGUCGUGAGAGAAUGCUGCAGCGUGGUGUUGAUCUCGCCCAAAUAAAUUCCAAACUGGAGCAAAUCGUUGCAGAAGGUGUUGAUAUGCACUGUUUCCAACGUAUGCAUCAUCGGGACUGUUCUCAGGUACGCCGAUUAGCAGACGUAUACCGUUUAUCUAGUAGCUGCAAUGGUUCUGGAAAGAAAAGCUUUGUCAUGGUGACCCGUACAUAUCAGACAUGCCUGCCAUCUGCAAGCGAUAAACUUCGUAUCGAGAAGCUGAUAGGAGCAGGGGACGACGAUUUCGAUUUUGCUGUCAACGUAGGAGGAGCAAAUGCAAAAUCAGCUUGUGGAAACGGGAAGAAAACGAAGGACUCGGGCAAGAAGCAAAACAUCGGACAAAGCAGGAGGAAGAUUCCGUUGGCUGAUCAACCCGUGUCUUUCGUGUCGAGCGGUGUAAUCAAUUCUGAAACGGUUGGUACUGAAGCCUCUCGGGAAAAAGAUCCAAAACAGGUGGUGGCUGAACCUUCAGGAGCGUCAAGUGCAGCGAAUUUCGGAGCAUUUGAGGUACACACUAAAGGAUUUGGAUCCAAAAUGAUGGCUAAGAUGGGAUACAUAGAAGGAGCUGGUUUAGGAAAAGAUGGUAAAGGACUGGCACAACCAAUAGAAGUGGUUCAACGCCCAAAAUCCCUAGGGUUAGGUCUAGAUUUCUCCCCGAGCGUCGAAGAAAACCAACCGAGCUCAUCAAGCGGUAGCGGUAGAAGGAAGGGGAAUUCCUCAGGGAAGGAUCCGAAACACGAAAAGGGGGUCUCGGGCUCAUCGAGAAGCGGAGGAGGAGGAGGAGGAGGUAAAGGGUUUGGAGCUUUUGAGCAGCACACAAAAGGGUUUGGCUCUCGGAUGAUGGCGAAGAUGGGUUUCGUCGAAGGGACGGGUUUGGGGCGAGACUCGCAAGGUAUGACUAACCCGCUGUUUGCGGUUAGGCGCCCGAAAGCUCGAGGGUUGGGCGCGGAAGGUAAGGGUUCGAAGGUAAGUAACAAGAGCGGCAAGUGAUAAUAACGUAUAAUAUGCAAGUGCUAUCAUAUAGUUUAUGAAGUAAAUUAUUAUAUCAAAAUGCUACAAAUACAUGUUUUCACUUGUUAAGAGUAGCAAAUCUGGGAAAAACCAUGAAAGGGAUAUUGUCUAUUUCUUGAGUAGAAAGUGACUUGCUUUCUUGUCUUCAAUUUCAACGGCUCGUAUAUUCUCUA